AUGACUACCCCCCAGUUCUGGUCUACGCCCCUUCGCUACAUGCGUUGGGCCUCGCACGAGAAACCCGCAAUCUUCUACUCUCUCAUCAUUGGCGCCACCGGCCCGCUCAUGCUCGUUUCCCUCCCCCCAAUCAGACGAUUCUUCGGCGAUGUCGACCCGGAACCGAUUCCCUUCACAUAUCCCAUCCCGCAAGGACCUCGGGUUAUCCCCCAGGGCUAUGACGACGAGUAA